GGUCUACACACUAUCAAUCGCUCUACUGACCUCUUAACUACUCGUUCUCUUAAUUAAUUAACAUUUGCUCCAAGUUCAGAAGAAAUGGCUCAAGCAGCGAAACCUGACAACAAUUACAAUGUUUGUAUGAUGCCAACGAAGGAUCAGAUAGAGGCAAUGCCUGGAACUCCACUAACUAAAGAGGAUAUCGCGAAGAUGCAAGCUGAGGGCCAACUCCCACAAGGUCUAGACCCUUCAAUGGGAGCACCAACUCUACAUAGGAUCAAGCAAGGCGAUCAGGAGAUUUUGGUGAUUAUGAUCGAUCCACCUCCAUGUGGUUGUGUACGUCUCCCCAACGGAAAGAAAAAGCGUUGCAAGAAGCACAGAUUGGAAAGGAGAGCUAAGCGAAGGGCGAGAAGACAGAAGAAAUCAAAAGAAAGUGCAGAAAAGAUAAAGGGGACGAAAAUGGUCAAAGAUGAUGAAAGCGAUAGAAAGAAGCUCGUUGAACUGCGACAUGCUGCUGACUCUGAAUCCGAUGAGGACAAAGCUAUCGAUGGAGCAAUAACACCAGACAAAGUCUGCGCCGUUGGUCCAGCAGGUGUAGCUGUGCUGGUUGAAGUAGAUAAAGUGGAAACGGCUGAAGUAGGUCCAAGAGCUAAGAUGGAGAAACAAACCAUAAAAGGAAUACUCGUCAAAGGAGCACAUGAAACUCCACAAUUCAUUCCAAUAGAGAAGGUACAAACAGACAAAGAUGGCAAAAUCAAAUAUCGCAACUACACUAUGGGACAGCUGGUAAAGGGCAAACAUGGAGAGGCGAUAUUUUAUGCUGAUGGACAAUGCACGUGCGACAGCCAAGGCAACCCCCAGCAUAUGAAAGUCGCUGGCGUGGACGAGGCUCUGCAGAAGAAACUUGGAGAGCAAUUAUGCGUUCCUUGUGAGGUCGAAGUCAAUGAAAAAGGCAUGGUGACGGUCAAGUACAUCGCAUGCGCCGAAGAUGUUCCAAAGGACAAGUAUGCAGCUGUUGGUCUAAUUACUAAGAACACCGAUGGAUACGUUGUAUUUACACAAACAGCAGGACAACGAAUUGGAAGCAGUGAUAAUGCACCCGUUGUGGUUUGCACGCCCAAUGAUAAAGUUGAGACCGGUACCGUAAUCGGCAUAGUUUACGAAGACAAAGAAGGCAAAACACAAGUGCUUCCAAAAGAUGCUAAAGCUCCUGCUGAUCAGAAAGCAGUUGGAGUAAUCUUGUUGGGUGAAUACCGUGAACCAGUUUUUGUUAAAGAUAUCAAGCAAAGUCAAUGUCAAAAAGCUCAGAAUAUGCCAAUUAUCAUAAUCAUCGAGAGAGACGUCAAGGCUAAUCAGACAACAAUUGAGAAGGCAGACUUGGUUGUCCAAUCGAAGGUACAAAACAAAACUCAGCAGGAGAUCUUGACUGAAAAAGCGGAAAUCAAAAAUGCACAACCUCUUAAACAAGAAGUUUGGUCAACUUCACUUGCUCCAGGUGGUAUGCAAGGUGGUGGUGGUGGUUAUGCUAGGAGCGUAUUCGUCAAGCAGGGCAUGGAAGCCGGAGGCGCAGGUAGCGCUGGUGGCGCCGGUACUGGAACUGGCGGAACCCAGACAUAUUCGAGAACUGUCACUACCAACACUUUCACCAGUAGUGGAGGAGCUGCGACCAGUGGGGGUGAAGCUGCCGGAGGCCAGGCGUAUUCGAAAACUGUCACCACCACCAGUGGUGCCGGAGGUGCCGGAGCUGCCGGAGCUGCCGGAGGUCAGGCAUAUUCGAAAACUGCCACCACCACCAGUGGUGCCGGAGGUGCCGGAGCUGCCGGAGCUGCCGGAGGCCAGGCGUAUUCGAAAACUGUUACCACCACCAGCGGCGCCGGUGGUGCUGGAGCUGCCGGAGGUCAAACAUAUUCGAAGACUGUCACUACCACCACUACUACUACCACUUACACUGGAGGUGCAGCUGGUUCACAAGCAGGAGGUCUCGUUGUGAUGGUUCCACCAGCAGGAGGAUGUCCAGCACAUGGACAGGCACAAACACAAUCGAUGCAUACACACACUCAAACACAAACGACACAUACCCAUACCCAUACUGGCACUGGUCAGCAUUUGUGUGCUUGCUUACGUGGCAAAGGAGGUGCCGUCGGACAAGGACAACAAGUGAAAUCUGGCGGAGUUGCAUCAGGCAUCGGAGGAGCAGGAACGAGCGGAGCUGGUGCUGGUGGAGCGGGUGCAGGAAGCGGUGCUGGUGCAUCUGGUGCUGGUGGUGCUGGAGCUGGGGGAGCUGGUGCUGGUGGUGCUGGAGCUGGGGGAGCUGGUGCUGGUGCAGGAGCUGGAGCUGGCGGAUUUGGUAGUGGAGCAGCUGGAGGAGCUGGAGGAGCGGGUGCUGGAGGGGCUGGCGGAGGAAAGCCUUCAGGUGGAGGAUAUAUCGGUGAUGCAGUCUCCGUGUAUGCCGGCGUGAUCAAAGUUGGAACACCAGGAAGUGUACCUUGGGAACAUCCGCCUCCGAAAAACGCUGAUCCUGGAGCACAUAGUGUCUUCGUAACCCGUAAAUAAUGAUUACAAGAGAAUAAUGACUCGGUGACAGAAUAUGAAUAAAAUUGUA